AUGGAACAACAUACAACGACAAUCGUUAGGGAGAAACAUCGUCAAGAUGUAGAUGAUGAAGAAGAAAAUAUGAGUACUGAAGGGGUUACAAUUCCGGCAAAAAAGGAUGAGCAAAGUUUGGUGUUAAACUUGUAUGAAAAACAAAAAGCUCAAUAA